AUGGCUACCGAAGCCCUUGGACCGGCAGAAUAUGCACUGGCCCAGCAACUGUUCAUCAGCCACAAGAUGCAUAUGCCCGCACAUCCAGAGCUCGUUGCUGAAAGCUCACAAGACUUACCAUGUAUCAAAUAUAAUCCUGACCUUGAAGAUUCUCCCGGACUACCUUGCUUCUCGAUUCCGGAACCCAUCUUCGCUUCCGAGACUGAUACACAGAACCCAGAGGCUGAUGAUAUUCUUGCAAAGUCCAUCCAAGUGUUCAUUCCGGAAGACAUCUUCAAGCUAUCUAUGGAAGCCACCAUACCACUCACUCGAUUCUCACAUGCUGUAUCGAGACUCGAACUACCAUCUUUGAGAAGCGACCCUAGACACGACCAAAAAGCCCUGGCCCGCGCCAUAGCCGAAACCAAGUGUUUUGAUUUCUUCCGCAAACCAAACACGCUGCCUCGCGAGCCUGUCGAUGACUCAACGGACGAAGGUCUCAGCCUUCCACCCUCAGCGGUACAUUUCCACAAUCAGCUUGCCAGGGGUGCAGAGCCGGAUGAGCUCGACUACACCGAAGAAGACCUUGCACACGUUGCCGAGUCGAUUUAUGUGGAUUUUUCCCGAAGAGACCUCGAGAAAUUGAUCGACAUGGAGAUGGGCCCAACUAUGGAACGGGCCGAAGCCAUGACACCACCAUUAAUCGCAUUACCGCUUGAUGAUAUCGACGAGGUAGAGUUCUUUAUUCCGGAUGCUGAUGUUUGCGAGAUACACCAGUUCUCAGAUCCAGCAAGCCUCCUGAACGAGGAUCUCGAGCAAUCUCGAAAUAACCUAGCCAAAGCUUACGAUGAGAGUGAUCUCCCCGAUGUUUCAUCAUCUGAUAUCCUUGGCAUUCCCUCAGACACACCCAGCUUCGAAAUUGAGACACCUCGACGUAGAGACGUGGCGCCGGUCAUGGAAGUUCCGAUAUUGCCAAGGUCCGACGAGUCUAUUUCCAGAGACGAAGAGGAGGAUGCCUUUCGAAACAUACUACGCGAUACCGUAGAGUUUUCCUUGAAGAAUCUCCCAGGAGCAUCAGCCUCAAGCCCAAUAUCCGAGAACGAAUCCAGAUUCAAUGAGCAAUUCAACCUCCUCCUGAAGGACAAAGCGGACACCAUGACCCUGAAGCUCGAGCAAGAACAGGUAAAAGUCAUUGACGCUAUUGCCAGACUACAGCCUCCAGUCCUUGAUUUCAGCACAGCCGCACCAGACUGGCAGUUCCCUGCCAAGGAUGCAGGCAUAAUGUUUUCCUGGGUCCGUGGCCAGAGCAAGGAUCAGUUCACGACACCAUUUUGGCCGAGGAAUCGACAAGAACAGAAAGAGCUGCGAUGGAUCCCUUUCCCAUCGUCUUUGGGUCUCACAAAUGUCAAGGAGUCCGUCGGAGACAACAAAGUCCUGCAGAAUCUACUUGAAGGACGAAGAUCUACAGCACUCCCCACAAGCGCUGAUUACGUGGGUCAAAGGCAUACCCUCAAGGUGUUGCGUUCCGACUAUGACGACGACGAGCUACCGCUUCCUUGUGACGAGGACGAUGUUCUGGGCAGCUCGCAAUUCAGAGCCUCGCUUGAUCCAAAGGAAGAUAUCAUGGAGCUUAUUCGAAAACGAAAACAAGAACAAAUCGGCAGAGAAGAUUCCGGAGAUCAGGGGUCACCCUCUGUGGGCUUCAAGUACCGUCGAACCGGUCAACAGUCAAAGGCAGCAAAGAUCCUCGGACAAGGAUUGCUACUCAGCGAGAACGAGAGCAACGCCGCGGGGAAACUGCUAGCGAACUACAUGAACUUGCGACGCGCCAAGCGAACCAAAAGCCCGAUCGAUCCGCUGUUCCCAACCACGAAGCGAAUGAUUACAAAUGCCUCAGAGCACCCCGUUGGGCAGGCGUCAUCCAAGCCCAUCACAUCGCAGCCGAGAACUCAGGAGAAACCCGUCGAUGCUCCUGUCCCAGCCGUCAAGAAUCUGGACGGCCCCUCGCGCAUCAUCAUCUCCACCGCCCUGCCGCGAGGAAUCAUGUCAGCCCUCCAAGCCAAGCUACCAGGUAUCGAUCUCGUAGAUCGAGACUUCUCACGGCACAACACCCGCGUCUGGUCACCUGGCAGUACCAAGACUGUAGAGAGACAAUCCUCCUUAUCCUACGAAGCCGACAUCAUCCCGUCCCCAGUAACAGGAAUUAUCCUCACAACAGUCCUCAAGGUCCGACAGAAGCCGCUCCCAGGGUCUAAGACGCAACUCUCUCAACUCCGCGAGCGCGUAACAAAAGUCGCACCGCUGUACGAACAACUAAUAGUCUUGGUCUCGCAGGACAACCCCACCACCGAACACAUCGGGCCGCUCCGCGGAGCCGACGCCGAGUCAUACGCCUCCUUUGUCGUUUUCGCAUUCUCUCUUGGAAACAACAACGACAACAGCAACGGCGACGGCUACAGCGUAAGGGUGGUAUACGUGGCCGGCGGCCAACAGACGCUAGCCCAAUGGACGUGCGCGCUCGUCUCGACGCACCUGAAGGAAGCUUCCCACGACGUGCAGCAAAUCAUCAUGCCGGAAGAGACGGAAUGGGAAGUCUUUCUCAGACGCGCCGGCUUCAACAUGUACGCGGCCCAGGUCACUCUCGCAGUCGUCAAGGGAAUGCAUCCAGUAAUAAACGGCGACGGCGACAGCGACGGCGACGACGGCCGCGAGGGCGGCUACUACAAAGACCAGACGCUCGUGCGCUUCCUGAGAAUGAGCCCUUCGGAGAGAGCGAAUACGCUCAAGGGCUUUCUUGGUAGUAGUGGUGCCCGCCAAAGUCUGGUGGACAGAAUCAGUGCGCGUCUGGGCUGA